AAAAUAAGGUUGCGGUUUUCUGAUGUCGAAUUUUAUGUAAAAACUGAAAUCUUCAACACAUAUUAUCCUGGACAUUGCACCUUGAGAAGGUGAUCUAAUCAUUAAUAGCAAAAUUGUUUAGAGACAAGCCGUUGGUUGAUCAGUUCUCGUUAGUGUACAUAAAUAAACACAGAAAAUUCCUGAAGUAAAUUAACUGGAAAGAGGACCAUUAACUUGACGCUGUCAAUAGCAACAAUACAGCUACUGAAGUGGCUACACCGUUCAAUCAAACCGGAAUUAUUGCAAAGCAAAAUCAUAUUACCCAUAGGCACCACACAAGAUGAAAGAUAAGUCGUCGAAAAACCGACAAAAAUCGCAGAAAAAUUCGAAUUCAAAUGCAAGUCAAACCAAUGCGAAAGUCAACCAAACCAAUAAAAAUGUAAACGAAACGGCCACCACAGUCAAAUCUGGCAAACAGCAGCAGCAGCAGCAAAACAACUCAAUAAUCACAACAACCAAUGCAUCAACCAAACCAGAAACGAUAAAUGCAACGAAUUGUGAUAGCGGCGAAUGUUUUGGAAGUAGUCAAAAUGGUAACGUGAUCGCAUCAACAGAAACCAUGGAAGACUGCACUUUAACGGCGCCAUCGUCCGAUGAGACUGAUAGAUCAACAACGGUAGAUAGCAACUGUAAUACUAUUAGAAUAGAUUCAAAGCCAAACAGGGAUAAGUCAGAUGUAGAUAGCACUAGUAACACCGUUACAACGGAUCCGCCCAGUCAAGCGGAACCCGUCGACAAUAGCAAUAAUACAACGUCAACUCAGAAUCGCAAUGCUCAAUCGAAUGAAAUGCCCACUGCCAGAUCGAAUUUCCGCAAUCAAAUAAUGGAACAGAUGAAGAACGCAUCCGUCGAUGUUCCCGAUUCGUCAUCGAAACCGAUAACAUUACAGAAGCAACCGUCGCUAACGUAUUCGGACGGUCAAUGGUCUCCGGCCAAUUCGGACGGAAAGAAGUUUUACAAUCGCGAUCAGUUGAUAAUGCUGCGCAACCAGCCGGCAUCGUUAUCCGAACCGAAUUUUCCCGGUGGCCUAUCCGCUAUCGUCAAAACGAAUAACAAUCACAGCAAUAUGUCAACGGGCGGCGGUAACGAUUUGAUGCCAAAGUUCGCUGGACAAACGAAUUUCAAUAAAACCGGAUCACAUCAACGCCACAACUACUCGAAACGCUCAUCUCAGACAUCAACGCAACAAAAUGCUCAAAACAAUGGGAACGCCAACAAGGGCAGCAAAUCCGACAUGAUUUACAUGAAAAUAUCCGUACGCGAGGAGGUCAAAUUGAAUGAAGCGGAAAACGCUUGGUUGCCAUCGUUUCGUAGGACUGAGAGUGAAGCUGAACCAACAGACGGAAGCGAGAAACUCUCUUCCAAUGAUCUGCUGUUCAAGCGGGUGCGUGGUGUUCUGAAUAAGUUGACUCCCGAACGAUUUGACACGCUGUUCGAAGAAAUCAGUAGCUUCAACAUAGAAACGUCGGAGCGUUUGCACGGUGUCAUAUCGUUAGUGUUCGAGAAGGCAAUCGACGAACCGCAUUUCUCCGUUGCUUACGCUCGACUGUGCAGCAAAUUAUCUGAAUCGUUAGCAGCGUCCGAGAGCGAUAGCAAGCCGCUGUUUAAGAAGACCCUGAUAACGAAAUGCCAAAAUGAAUUCGAAAAGCAUGUCGUCAAUGAGCAGAUAAUUGCCGACAAACUUGCACCAUUCCUGGCUAAAGUCAACGAAACCGACGACCCGGAUAAGAAAUUGGAGCACAGCGAAAAUUUGAAGGAAGAAGAACGGAAAUUGCGACUUCGGUCCGUCGGCACCGUACGCUUCAUCGGCGAACUCUACAAAAUCGGAAUGCUCACGUCGAAAAUCAUGAUCGGUUGCAUACGAACGCUGAUCGACAAAGACUCGGAAGACAAACUGGAAUGUUCGUGCAAAUUGUUGGCCACGAUCGGUGCUAAGUUGGAAGAGGCUGUGCAACGAGUGCAUGAACUUAAAAUUGAAUUGAACGAAGCGUUCAAGCUGAUGCAGUCGAUAGUCGAUCGGAAAAUCCCGAACAUACGAAUCAGCAGUCGGGUGAGAUUUAUGCUACAAGACGUGCUCGAUUUGAGGAAACGUCGCUGGGUUCCACGCAGUACCGAUGCAGGCAAUCCGAAAACCAUGGGACAAAUCCAGAAAGAAGCUGAAGCUGAACAACAAAACAUAAUUCUACUCAACUACAAUACCCGCCGCGAUGAUAGAGGGCGAAAUGAUAAUCGGUCGAAUGGUGGUGGUGGUGGUUAUCAGAAAUCGAAUCGACAAUCCAGUGAAGAUGGCUGGCUGCCGAGUGCGAAGAGUCGUAGCACCACAUUGUUCGAUACGUCGAAAUUCAAAAACAACAAAACGUCAAUCGAUGACAGCACAGUUUUCGGCUCAGCAGCACUGUUCAAAUGGGGCCAGAAUGCCAACAAUAACGCAACGCCUUCUGCAGCGGCUCCACCUCUGGCUAACAGUUUUGCUGCCCUAGAUUCGGCUCGAGGUCUCAGUAGUUCAAUCGAAAAUCCUCCGCGAAGUAAUCGAAACGGUCGAGACAAUUAUCAUUCCAAGGGAUCUAUGGAACGUUAUCAGCAUUCAGACCGACGUAAUUCCCGUAGCGGUUCGCAGCACAGGUCACGUGAAAAUUCUCUAGCUAGGAACUUCCCACAGCGUAGCAAUAUACCGCCGUUCAGCCGAUCCAGUCAAUCAAUGAACGCCCUUUCCACAUCUCAACAGUCGUUACCAAUUGUUAGAGCCGAUCCAACGGCAACAAUGAAUCUGAAUCCAGUUGAGCCGAGUUCGGCCGAAGUUGAGAAGGUGCAAAAGUUGGUCAGAGAACUGCUGGAAAAUCAUCACAUCGGUGAGGUUUCCGUGGCUAAUUGUCAUGUUGACGUUGAUAAGAUAAAAGUGGAACAUCGUUGGGUCGUGGUCCGAGAAUUAUUGAAUGUUGCCGUGGAAGUGCAACGACUGAAAACGACUGAUCGAAUAUUUGCCGGCAAAUCAUUGAACCAAUGGAUCAAAAUGAAAUUGAUCACACGCAGCGAUAUCCUGACCGGUACGAAAUCGUUCUUGGAACCCGUCGAAGACAUAUCGCUGGACAUACCGCACAUUUGGCUUUACAUUGCUGAGAUUAUCGCUCCCGUUAUUGAGAAUGAAAACUUGAAAUUAAUUCAAUUGAAAACGCUGUGCCCGGAUCACGUGCAUCGGAUAUUGGAAGAACUGUUACCCUAUCAACAGGCGACUUACGGGCCUACUUACGUCAAGACUUUGUUGAAAUCGAACGAAUUGAACACACUGGUGACCAAGACGGAACAGAUAUCAGAUAAACUGAAAAACUUCGUGGCCACGAUAGCCAAUUUACCAGCUGAAUCGGCCGUAAUAAACAGUCAAGAGCCUGGACUUGGCAAAGCUUCAAAUGAUACCGUUAACAUGGACGACAUUCAGCGUCACAUCAAAAAAUUACUUCUGGAGAAUGUAAAGCUAGACGUCAUUUACGAUUACAUAUCCGCCAACGUUACCGAAAUCGACAAUAAUUUUAUCAGAGCUUUGACCACUGCUGUCGUCGACUCAUCGUUAGAUAACCGAUUCAAAUUGAACGAUAAACAUUUUCUGCAGCGAAUUCCGCUACUGGAACGGUACAUCGAUGGCAAUAAUCAGUUGCAAUUGCAGGCCCUAAUUGCCAUUCAAAUUUUAAUCCAUCGAUUGGAACAUCCACAGGGACUCAUGCAAAGUAUAUUUUCAAAUCUUGUAACGGAGAAAAUCAUUUCAACCGACUCGAUAAUGAACUGGAAGAAUCGUACCGAUGUUAUGGAUGGGAAAGGUGUUGCUGUUACGUCUUUGCGCAAUUUCUUCGAAUUAUUGGAAAAUUCUGAUGGCAGUUCAGAAGAUGAGGAUAAUUAAAAUUAUUUCGCUUUUUGUUUUUGUUAUUACUUAUUUUUCUUUCUUCCUUCACCCUCACCCCCCUUUUUUUGUAAAAAUAUUUUACCAAUCGUAAUAUUUAAAUUAACCUUAUGUGCUGAAAUGGAUAAAAAAAAAUAAAAAAAAAAAUAAAAAAAAUUUAGUUGAAAAUUAUGCAGGUUAACUCAUAUGAUAACUAGUCUUCCUCUUAUGUUUUUACACACAAGAUUUUUUUGUUUCAUUUUUUUUGUAAUUUAAAUAAUUUUUCCAAGAGAAAAAAAAAUCGAAAAAAUAAAAUUCGUUGAGGACUUGUGAAAC